UCUCUCAGCGUGCUGAUGCGAUUUUUGCAGUUAAUGUUUGGAGUGGGCUUUGAACCUACAGCCUGUGACAUUGGGUGGUCUCCUCUCACAUUAUGUUUUGUAGAGUUUCAUGGCAUGAAAGCAGAGAGGACCAAAAAUCUGGAGAGAGUGCAGCGGAAAGCAGGUGUGGUCAUCACCACAUACCAAAUGGUGAUUAACAACUGGCAGCAGCUCUGCAGCCUGGACGGCCAUGAGUUCACCUGGGACUACCUUGUUCUUGAUGAGGCCCACAAGAUCAAGAGCAAGUCCACCAAGACCUUCAAAUGCGUCAGUGCCAUCCCUGCCAAGCAUCGAAUCCUGCUGACUGGAACGCCCUUGCAGAACAACCUGCAGGAGAUGUGGUCCCUCUUUGACUUUGCAUGCCAGGGCUCUCUGCUGGGCACUGCCAAGACCUUCAAGAUGGAGUAUGAGAACCCCAUCACACGAGCUAGGGAGAAGGAUGCCACUCCGGCUGAGAAGGCUCUAGGGUUGCGCAUCUCUGAGAACCUCAUGAGGAUCAUUGAGCCCUACUUCCUGCGGCGGACCAAGGAGAACCUGCAGCUGAUGCAUGAGUCUUUGCAGGUCCAGCCGCCCAGCUCUCCUUGUGAAGCCCAGAUGCCAGGCCUGACCAGGAAGAAUGAUCUGAUUGUCUGGGUCUACCUGAGCCGCAUCCAGGAGGACAUCUACCAGAGGUUUGUCUCAUCAGAGCAGAUCCAAGAGCUGCUGCAAAGUAGGCGUUCCCCCUUGGUGCAACUGACCAACCUGAAGAAGCUGUGUGACCAUCCGAGGCUGCUGUCCCACCAUAUCUGCCAGGAGUUGGGCCUCGGUGGCUCUGAAGGGGAAGCUGCAGACGAUAAUGCUGCCAGUGACAUUAGCCGUGUGCCUGACCAGGACCUAAUCAGCGAGUCGGGGAAGCUGGUCUUCCUCCUGGGUCUGCUAGAGAAGCUGCGGGAAGAAGGCAAACGCACUCUGGUCUUCUCCCAGUCAAGGAAGAUGUUGGACAUUAUCCAACGUGUCCUCACAAACCGUGGCUUCUCCUGCAUGAGGCUGGACGGCACCAUGGCCCUGCCAGACCGGCAGAAAAAGAUUGAGGCGUUCCAGCAGCGAGAGGACCACUGCGUCUUCCUCCUCACCACCCAGGUCGGUGGUGUAGGCCUCACCCUCACUGCAGCAAACCGGGUAGUGGUCUUUGACCCCAGCUGGAAUCCUGCCACAGAUGCCCAGGCAGUGGACAGAGCUUACAGAAUUGGCCAAACUGACAACGUUGUGAUCUACAGGCUGGUGACCUGUGGCACCGUGGAGGAGAAGAUAUAUCGGAGGCAAAUCUUCAAAGACUCGCUGGUUCGUCAGUCGGUUGGUGAGAAAAAGAAUCCCUUUCGUUACUUCAGCAGCCAGGAGCUGAGGGAACUGUUCAUCCUGGAGGAUCCCCAGACAUCGAGUACACAGAAGCAGCUACAGUCCAUGCACGCCAGUCAGAGACGCACAGACAGCAUCUUGGAUCAACACCUCACCUUCCUGCAUACCCUGGAGAUGUUCGGAGUGACCGAUCAUGAUCUCAUCUUCUCCCAGGACACUGCCUCUGCCUCUGAUGAGGAAAACGACCCUGAGUCCAGGAAUUACAUCCAGCAGCGAGUGCAGAAGGCCCAGGAGCUGGUGGCAGCUGAGUCCCAACUCCAGCAGCAGUUGGUCCAAAAUCUCCACGCCAAUACUGAAGCUGCCAGGCUGAACCGACCAGGAGACUCUCAUCCUCUACCAGGUAGUAGAGGAGGCACGACCAGACCCAAGCCCAGACCCAAGCCAGUUUCCACCACCAGCGCAGUGCCAGCAUUGUACGAAAACCCCGUUGGCCCUCAGUCUCCAGUGGUCACAGUCAAUCUAACGGAGCCCGUCACUGAUGAGGUGCUCAACCUGAGCAGCAAGUUGGCUGACCUGCCGCUUGAGACAAGCAAACCAAGUAACAGUGUGGUGAUGUUGGACAGUUCUCUAGCACAUUCUGAUAACGAUAUUCCCAAAGAGGAAUAUCCCACAGAGUGUCAAGGUGACACCUCCAAGGCACAGCUGUCCACCUCUGCAGCUAACUCCCCUGGCUCCAAAGCCCUGUUUGAAUCCAAUUUCAACCUGAUCUUGGAGGAGACCAUGGAGGAGGAGGAUGAGGAGUGGAAACCAGAUUGCGAGGAGAAGGGAACUGAAGCCAAACUGGUGAUUGAGGACUCUCCCUUGCCUGUGACCAAAGCCAAGCCAGAUGGAGAUUUGGAGCGGCUGGUUUCCCCAGGAGGUAGCAGUCUUGGAGAUGACUCGUGCGUUCUCCAACCGUGGAAGAAGCCUCACGGUCGAGUGAUUGUCAGUGACAGUGAGGAGGAAACUAGUAGCGACCUCCAUUCAUGUAGCGCCGUGGAGCAACCUCCUGCUCUGUCUGCAACAAGCCCGGUGCUCCAGGCUUUCUGCGUGGCAGCUGCUUCCACCCCAAAAGGGUUUUACUCCCCCCUCCCAACCCUCCUGGACAGGAGCAGCAAUCGCUCCGUGGCUUCUCGGCGGUCUGCUGUUGGUCUGGCUAUUGAUGAUGUGGAGGACCUGGACCAGUCAAUCCCUGACGCUGCUGAUGAAGGUGAUGACGAGGAGGAGGAGCAAGCGAGUACGCCCAGCGAUGUUGAAGAGGUCGGAGAGACUGAGCAGGCAGCUGAACCCAGUGAAGAGCAGCCAGGUGAUCAGUUCAUGGAAGAAGCAUCCUCUGAGAGGCGAAGCCCAGAGCUCGGAGCAGCCAGCAGUGACAACGGGGUCUCAGAGUCCUGCAGUAUGAUGACAGGGAGUGAGGAAGAACAGUCUGGGACCUAUGAGCUGGAGCUUGGCUCCGAUGAACAACUGGAUACCUACACUAAGGCAGUCGAUGUGUCUGUGCUUGAUACAUGUGCACUGAGCAAGGAUUCUGAGCUGGAUCAAUACGAUAGGCUGGUAAAACGUGGCAAAGAACAUAUAGAGAGCGGGCAGCUGAAGGCAGCUCUCAACUGCAUGCUAGAAGCUCUGGAUCUCCAGAGUGGAGAUCCGGAGAUUCAGUUAAUAACAAUUAAACUGUACCGGCAACUGGAUCAGAGCUGAUAGGGGCACGGUGAAGAGAGGAAGGACAGUGUGUUCUCCUGUGACUGCUCAGCAAAACCCUUCAGCUCUCAAUGGCUCUGACUGCAUCGGACAGAGUCCUGCAUUGGCAGUAUUUAUGGGUUUUUUAAAAAGUGAUAUUGCAAAGUGCUGUCUGGUAACAGUCAACUGGGAGAAACCAGAUAUGUUCAAAUCUGGAGCACUUCUUAAAGCAGAAUUCCCUUGAAACAAUGUAAACCUGUUCCUUCGCCUUCUCUGCUUUUGCUUGUUAUCCCUCUUCCACUUGCUCCUCAUUCCUGCUCUUGGGAUAUUAGUGGAGUAUGAGCCCACACGUUCCCCAUGAAGCUGCUGUAU